AUGGAAGAACCCAAGAUCGGUCUCGUCCUGGGCUACAAUGGCGCUCAUCCCUUUUCCAAAGUGAAGCUCACUGAUAGGGCAUCGGUCCAGGAGCUCCUUCGAACCCUCCUUGAUCCUCUUGAGCCCUUCUUCUCCCCCCAGAAAGCUCGCGUCAAGUGUCCUGGCGGCACUGCCGUCAGGUUCGACCAGGCCGCCUCCGAAGUCGAAGGCAUCCUCCGCCCCAUCUGGGGUCUGGCCGCCCUUCUGGCCGGUGGCGGAGAGUAUCGCGGAACCGAAUGGUGGAUCCAGGGUAUCAAGUCCGGCACCGACCCAGAGAACCCCGAGUACUGGGGCUUCCCGAGGGACAAUGACCAGCGCAUGGUUGAGAUGUGCCCCCUUGGUAUGGCUUGA